AUGGGGUACACUCGUACAUUCCCUACCACCUCCUUCGCCUACCAGGAACCCGACUUUGCCUUCUCCUCUAGCGAAGAGACUGACGAGGAAGAACUCCUCCUCCGCGCAGCACUCGAAAGAAAGCGCCAGGAACGCCUUUCCCGCCACCAGUAUCGCCACCACCACCAGCACCAGCACCAGCACCAUCCUCAUCCCCAUCCCCAUCAAUUCGAGCAACAGCAUCUCCAACAGCUCGAGUAUGAGAACCUGCUGAGGAACGAACGUGAGCGUCAGCACCAGGUCCAGGCCCAGGUCCGAGCUCAAAUCGAGCAAGAGGCCCUUCGCAAGUUCCAGCGCAAGCAGAUCCAGAAACAGCAAGCCGCUGCUGCCACCUACCAAGCUUUGCGCCUCCAACAACAGCAUGAGCAAGAGGCUGCUGGCCACGCUCGUUUCCGCGCCCAGGCCCAAGCUCAAGCCCAAGCCCAGGCACAAGUCGCCGCUCGUACUAGAGCCGCUGCCAUCGCGGAAGCCAAGCAACGAUCCCAACAGCAGCAGCAGCAACAGUUCCGUGUCAUUUUCCAAUCUGCCGAGCCCGAGGAGAAGGCUGAGGAGGUUGAGGAUCCGUUGAGCAACCUGCUGGAGGCCCUUUUCUUUCCCCAGAAGCGUCCUCAGCCCCAAGAGGAGGACAAGUACCCUUGCAAGCGCCGGCAGCAGUACCGCCUCGCCCUCCAGCAACAGGCCGAAGAAGAGGCUGCCCUGCGUGUUGCUGCCGUUGAGAAGGAGAAGACCGUUGCUGCCCUCAAGAAGAAGCAAGAGUCUACCGCUGCUGCUGCUGCUUCGGAUACUGCCCAGACGGAGGAGUUGUUAGCGGCGUUGCCCGAGAUCUUGACGUUUGUUGAGGCCAUCUUUGGAGGUGGCCAACAGCAGGCUUCCCAUUCGUCAUCCAAGGCCGAGUCGUCGCGUUCUGGAUGCAAAUCUUCUUCUGGAUGCGCUGCCAAGUCCACUCCUUCUGCCACUGGGGCCGCUACUACCGCUGCUGCCGGUACUACCACUGGCGGCUCCCCUUCCACCGCCGACCGUCGCGCAUCUGAGCUCCUGCAGGAACGCCAACAACGUGCCCACCAACAAACCCACAACCUCCACCAAAAGCACUCUUCCCUCAACCUGAUCGAAUCCUCCCUCGAUUCCUUCGCCCUCGACCUCCAUGACGCCCUCUCCUCUUCUUCAUCUUCUUCCUCGACAGAUCAAGAAUCCAACAAGCGGAUCGUCUUGGCGGCAGAAGAGAGUGUGAGUAAGGCAAUGUUCGACAUUGAUUCUGUUGACAGUGAAGGGGAUUUGGGAAUUCGCCAGAGGAGGAAGGAGUUGAUUAAGAAGAGUCAGGAUCUUUUGGAGCUUGUUGAUAGUUUCAAGGCGAGGGAGAGUAAUACUGGCAAACAGGUCGUUCGUGAUGCACCUGUUUCCACCUCUAUUGCUGAGGUUGCCGCUCCCGAGGUCGAGGCUGAGGCUUCUUCGUCUUCAUCGGAGGAGGCUGAGAAGGAGAAGGAGGUGAUUGUGUUGGAGGCCGAGCCAAUCGACGAGGAUGAUGGCGAAGACGAGGUCGCGCCUUACAAUGUCAAUGUCGCGGUCGCGUCUGCUCCCUCUCCCUCCGAGUCCGAGACUGUCCAGGACGACAAAGAGGUCGAAGUCCAAGUCGAAGAAGUGCCCGAGCUCGAGUCUGAAGAUGUCGCCGUUGAUGUCGCCAAGUCUACCGAUGCCCCCACCGUUGUUGAGGAAGAGAAGACUAUUGAGACCGAGAAGAAGACCCCUGUUCCAGCCAAGGAAGCCAAGGAGGGUUCAGAGUCUGGUCAUGACGACUUUGAGAUCGUUCCCGAGUUCUAG